AUGGCUGCAUCAAACAGCACCGAGCCAUUCCCGCCUGUCGGCGACGAUCCGAGUGAAGCCACGCGAAGCCCAAGCCACGAAGAUGGGCGUAGCACUAUUGCCACCCGACCGACCGCAUCGUCGUCCAUUAGCAGUCGCUUACGACGACUUUCCGUGACUUUUGAAGAGUCUGGGCCUCCAGAAGGAUUUAUGGCUGCCACCGGUGGCAUUGCUUCCUCCAUGCUCACAGGACGACCUGCCAGAGAUUCGACAAGUUCCUCAAUCGAGCGGCGCGACUCUGCCAACCAACUGCAAGAGGUCUCACCAGGGCCAAUGCGAUCCAAUACGAUACACUCUGUGGCGGAAGAGCAAGAGCCUCAACAAGUUCUCUUGGAGCCAUUCAUUGUAAAGUCGCAGGAGCCGACCGCAACGGCAGCUUUCCCGAAUGGGUAUCACUUCCCGCCCAAACAUUCAUCUUGGCAAUCAACGAAAGAUGCCAGCAUCACCUUUUGGAACUAUUUUCUCACCCCCGUAGGUUUUCUUGUCACAAUAUACGGCCUCAAUGUUGUCGCGUGGGGUGGCAUGCUAUUUCUGCUUCUUUGCAACGCCUCACCAGCCAUGUGUAACCCAACAUGUAACGAUAUCAACUCUCCUCGGCGUGUCUGGAUCGAGAUUGACUCUCAAAUCCUCAAUGCCCUGUUCUGCGUCACAGGGUUCGGACUGGCGCCGUGGCGCUUUCGCGAUCUAUAUUUUCUUUUGAAAUACCGAUUGGGUGGCCAAGGAGUUGGCCUCCGACGGCUGGCAGGUAUUCAUCGAGGUUGGUUUCGCUUACAGGGUUCCACGGAGUUAGAGCCAUCGAUAGGUCCGGAUAAUGUCGCAAACCGACCCAACAAGGCAGACUCUGAUUCUAUUCCCUAUCCUGAAAACAGGAUUCCCGAUGUCCCUCUCACUGGGGUACGGGCUCGAGCCACGGCUCUGUGGAAGCUUGAUUUCGUCAUCUGGUUCAUGGUGGGCAACACACUGCUUCAGUGUGUUCUCUGUGGAUUCAUGUGGGGAAUGAACAGAUACGAUCGGCCCAGUUGGUCUACUGGUCUCUUUGUUGCGUUGGGCUGCAUUGUAGCGAUUAUAGCUGGCCUCGUUAUGUUCUUCGAAGGCAAGGCUGUCAAGGGUAUUGAGGGUGUACCUGUUAGCCAGGCUGAUAUGGAGCUGCUUGCGAAGGACAGAGAAAGAGGCGUCUACCACUUUAAUAAUAUGGGGGACAAAGGCGAGCAGAAGAGCAAGAAAAAGGGACGCUAA